AUGCCACUCUUCUCGGCACGCUCCGGUGUAAUGAAGCAAUUCGAUGCUCCAGAGUCGAAUAAAACGUGGGACUCAAAACCGCCCACUAACAAGACUGGAAAUUCCGCUCCAAUCUCUGACGCCACUCAUCUGCCGCCUCUGGCUAACUCCGCCCUCAAAGUACGGCGUACCAAUCCUCUGCAUGUGCCCCACAUAUCCAAUAGGACGGCACCAUCAAACCCACAGCCUGCGGCUGAACAAAUCCCGCAGCCCUCUGCUGCACCUCUGCCACUGGAGGUACUCCCGGAGCCCCUUGUGGAACCACUGGCGGAAAACGAGCCAAUAACUGCGUCAGCAAACCCACCACUAAGUCAUCAAGACCCUGAGCCGGAGCACCACCCCAACCCGGAGCAGCCCCGCUCCCAAACCAACACUCGCAUCCACACUGGCCUCACUCGCCACGGAUACCGACUGGGUCACCGACGCAGUCGCCACACUCGGCACCACACUCUCUCCCGAAUCCGCCGAAGUCCACAAUCUCGGCCCCGACCUCCACGGCCUCUAGCUCUGCCACCACGCGCCUCAGCACCGCGCCCUCUCGCGCCACGACCUCUAGCUCCGUCCAUCUCACUCAUGGAACCGAAAAGAGCACACUAG